AUGAUUAGGCUUAUUUUAGAAGGCGAAGUUAAUGGUUUGUUCUAUGUAAAGAAAGGGUCUACAUACUACAUUGUGGUAUUGAAUCCAGGUGCUGUGGAUGGCUCUACUUAUUUCCGCUUUACCUGUAUGGCUGUAACACAAUCAGGGACCAAUGUAACAGUAGUAGAGAAGAGCGGAAGUUGUGGACCAGGACAAAACACCACACUGGCUGGAUCUGGGGGUUCUAAGUACACAUUGACACCGUAUGCAUUUACCACUGACAGCCCUCCAGAGACUAACGUUAACAUCGCUAUAAUCCUCGGAAUCGUAAUACCUUUACUCGUUCUUAUAGCGGUUGUAGCAGUUGGUUUUAUUUGUAAGAAGAAGAAAAUGAAGAUCCAUGUGUAGGAAAAAAGGAAAAGAAAGUUUAUCAACGAAAAUUGAAUAUUACUUUAUUUAACAAAUAAUAUUGUCAAAUUUCUAUUAGAUCUUCAUCUGCUUAACAUAUUUAACAGGGUUUAAUAAGCCAAGAAUU